GCAAAUUGGCCGUUGUGCGCGCUUUGCAGCCAUCUCUACUCCUUCAACCGUUAUCCUCCAUGAAUUCCACGCUUCCGCAGCGGUGACGUUUGCCUUUCACAGCCAAUACCCAACCCGAGUGAGGCAAUUCACUGACAACUCCGCGUGGCGAAGAUGGCGGAGGAGCCAGAUGCUGGACCAGACCAUGCGCCUCCUUCACUGCCUCCCGGAUGGGUUGCGCAGUGGGAUGCCAAAUCACGCAAGUACUACUUUGUCCAAACAAGUACCGGAGAGUCUACUUGGGAAACACCCACUAUGGCAGCGCCCCACGUACCAACACCUGGCGGCACACCUGCACAAGGCAACCCAUACCAGACGCCGGGCGAGAGUGAGACGACGAGAGGAGGAGAAGGGCAGGAAGGUGACAGAGGCCUGGGCGGUGACGUUUUGAAUGCUUUCUUACACAAGAACUCGAACCAGCAGUCAUCGGGCUUCGGUGGUCUGGCACAGCAGUUCCUCGGUGGCAACCAUAGUCAGUCAAGCGGACAACAGCACAGCUCAGUUCUGGGAGGAAUUGCACAGUCGUUCUUAGGCGGUGGCAAUUCGCAUAGCGGACAGCAACAGCAGAAUUACCACGGACAGCAGAGCCAGCAAAACUUAGGGUUCGGAGGGAUUGCGCAAUCGUUCUUAGGCGGCAGUGGCUCGCACAGUGGCCAGCAGCAGCAGUAUCAAGGGCAACAAAGCCAGCAGAGCCAGCACAGCUCUGGUGGAUUGGGUCAGCUCGGUGCCAUGGCAAGCAAUUUCUUAGGCGGACACGGGAAGCAGUCAAACCAGAAUUACGGUUACACGUCAAGUGGUCAAGGCGGGGGCACGUACAGCGGCACGGCACCGCCGUCAAGCUACCACCCUUCUGGUACGCAAAGUAGCUACGGACAGCAAGGCAACGCCUCUCAUAGCGGCAUCGGACAGCAAUCACAACAGCCAGGCUACAGUCAGUCGAGCGGUUCUGGUAGCUACUCCACACCAACACAAGCCCAGCAAGGUGCUCCAGGCUCUUUCGGCAGCCAGCAAAGCUCCUUUGUGCCGCAAAGCGGGCAGUAUAACCCUCCAGGUCAGCAGCAAGCGCCGAUGGGUCAAGGUUCGAACCAGUAUCCGCCGUCGCAACACCAACAGUCCUACGGAGGCCCUGGGUCUUCAGGUACCGGUUAUGGUAGUCAGCAGAGCCAGCCUUCAAGUCAUUUCGGACAAGGUGGCGACUACGGCGGCAGUCAGUCGUUCCCACCUACGCCCCAUGAUCAAUCGGGUAUAACCCAGCAGCACAACCAGCAGUAUCAGCCAUACUCCGGCAGCCAGCAGCACCAACCGCAGCAGAAUCCUGGAUACGGAAACUACGGCGGUGGAGGCUACGGAGGGCAGGGGCAGUACUGAUUGCAAGCAUUGUUGGCAUGGAUGGCGAGCAUUAGUGGGUGGUAGCGAGGGUACGGAUUUCGCGCGGCACAGCCUACAGUCUGGGUGGCGUCCCGCAGGCAACGGUUGCGGAACUUGGAGGCGGAAGCCUAGGCGGGCCGUGUUUGCCUUUACAACGAAAUGAUGGCUUCUCCGUUACAUGUCAAUUCGUCCGAGAUGGCACGUGCAGCGAGCAUAGAUCUCACCCACACGCUACAUGGCGCACAGACGCCG